AUGUUUAUAGGGAGACAAAGGGAGCCCGCAUUACCACUUGACUGCUCCAAAAAGCAACUUAAUCCCGACUACAAGCUGCCUCUAGAUGAAUUGCCCCAAAAGGUGCUCAGUUGUGUUUUCAAGUAUCUCGAUAUACCCGAUUUGCGAUCUCUUGCCCGUCUUGGGGACCCCUUCUCCUCGGCAACAAGACCAUUCAUUUAUCGGUCCAUAGUAUACUCAGAGAAAAUUGAUGAGAGAACCGACACGAAAAUAUGCAAUUACAACAGAUACCUCCAUCUGGUGUACACUCUCAUCGAGAACCCAGAAUGGGCCAAAUACGUAUCUCACGUCAGACUGGAAGAUCCAAUUAGACAGAGGGGCAAAAUAUGGACUGUCAAACUGAACGAGGUGCUCCGUGAAAAUGAGUUACGGCUGAUGGAAGGUCUGGCCAACAAAACACUGCUUGACUCGUUAGUUUGCCUUCUGGAUCUCACAACAAAUUUGCACUCCCUGCAUGUGCCGACGUUAACCAUUAAACAGCUCUCUCUGCUGAAUUUGUCUUCCGUGAGGGAAUUGACGAUUUCGGUAGGCGAAGAAGACAGCAUUGACGAUUUUGUUGGCAUUGAUUUGCGAAAUCUUACCAGUUUCUGCCUUCUCUUUGAAAAAAGCACGGAUUCACUUCUUACCAAAAUAUCCAAGCAUUUACGAAAAAUCGGUGUUCUGGAGAAACUGGAAGUUCUUGAGUUGAAUUAUCGACAACGAGAGUUUAAUGAGUUGCUCUCUCCAACCUGGUACGCUUUCUUCCAUCCUCAUACCGAGCUUGUUCUACCAAAACUACGAAAACUGGUCCUGGAUCAUUGUCAGAUCGGCAGCAAACACGAACUGUUUUCCAGACGGCUGAUCCAGACUGUUCCGCUUGAACAACUAGAAUCGCUUACGCUUGGAGUUUACGAGUCGUCGCACAAAGGCUCGAAACAUGGCUCCGAAACACAUCCAACAUUUCUCAAUCACAUCGCUUCGCAGUUCCGUAACCUACGACACCUCAUUCUAAAACCCUCAGGAAAUUGCCUCUUGUGCCAGGUGAGGUCUGUCAUAGACUUCUUGCACUGUUAUCCGCAUCUACACAACCUAUGUCUUUUUACGAACACGUUGAAUUCCAUGAACCGCCAGGAUCUCGCCGCCGCGCUGACCGGCUGCACGGAACUACGCAAGCUUGCGCUUUUUGACGAAGCGAUCCACAUGAAACUGGUCAAUCAUCUCAAAAGAUGGUUUAUUUACGAGAAUCUGGUCAAGUUCAAAACAUAUAACCAUUUUGAGUGCGAAAUCUUGCAGCAGGUGGAAAAUCUGCAAUUCGAACGAUACGUCAGUACGUCGUUUGAGGCGUUCAGUACGGCCAACUCCAGCCUUAUGAUACUUUUUUGGCGAACGUUCCUGCCACACGUCAAGGCCGACACUCUGAUCAGAGACCUGAGUGCAGACGAGUUCAAACUGUACGGCUACAAUUUCCGCAUCGACCGCGGCCAAAAUUUGAUCCAGAUGUACACCGGUUCCAAAUUUGGAUACCAAAACUUGCUUUACUACUAA